UUCUCAAACAAGCAACGCGGUGCAGUGUUCUCAGUUAAAAUACGAAAGUGAUUACGAAAAAUUGUAAAAUAGUGACCGGACAAAGUAUAUAGUAUGUGGACAUUGCAAGUUAUGUUUUACAACAAAAAUGGCAGAACCACAGAUACCAAGAUGGGCUAACUUCAUCCUGGGUGGAUGCAGUGGCAUGAUGGCAGCGAGUGUGGUGCACCCUGCCGACCUUGUGAAGACGCGCAUGCAGUUGCUGGGGCCUAAGGUGAAGCUGUCCACGAUGACUGUAGUACAGAGAAUCGCUCGCAAGGAGGGAAUUCUCGGCUUCUACAGCGGCCUUUCUGCCUCGCUUUGCCGGCAGGCCACCUACACCGCCGGCAGGACGGGCUGCUUUUACUCCCUUCUAGACUUUUAUAAAGGUCACUACGGCAACCCGAGCUUCGUGGCGAAGCUGUGCCUCGCGUCGAUCGCGGGCAGCGUGGGGGCCGUGGUGGGCAACCCGGCGGAGAUCGCUCUCAUCCGGAUGACGGCCGACGGCCAAAUGCCGCCGGAGAAGAGAAGAAAUUACAAGAACGUCAUCGAUGCUAUCUUCAGGAUAGUACGCGAGGAGGGCCCGAUGGCACUGUUCCGUGGCGUCGCUUCCACCGUCACCCGGUCAGCCAUCGUCAAUGCCGCGCAGCUUGGCGGGUACGCUCAGGCGCGCGAGAUGCUGCUGCCGGUGAUGGGCGAGGGCAUAGGGUUGCACUUCGCGGCCGCUAUGAUAUCCGGCUUCAUCACCACCAUCGUCUACCUACCCGUGGACAUUGUUAAGACCAGGGUACAAAAUGCAUCAGAGCCCACAAGUCAGGUGAAAGUGCUGGUACAAAUAAUCAAGAACGAAGGACCACUCAAGUUGUGGUCGGGCUUCGUGCCCACGUACACUAAACUGGGGCCGCAGACUGUACUGCUGUUCCUUUUCCUCGAGCAGCUCGUCUCGUUGUACUUGAAGUUCAACCAACCACCGCCACCAAAAAAGAAAUAGUAAACUUGUGUAUUUUCCUGUGGGUCUUGCCACUCCCAUGAGGUGGUCGAGUUAUGUCAAUGCACGUUUGUAAAAAUAUUUAUAAAUAAAUUGGAUGUACAUUUAUAAAUAAUGGAAAGGUUAACGUUUUCGAUAAUGUUAGUUUUAUUUAUAUAGGAUAAGAGAAGUUUUGUGCUAAGCUGCACUCAGCAGUGGAAUAAACAGUAGGUCAAAUACCAGCUCCCCUAAUAACUAUCAAUAUGUUCCCAUACUUGUCACGUACUUCUACAAUAUAUUUUGUCUAUUCUGCUAGAAAUAUGGCUAAUCAAAUGUUACUUUAUCUAUAGACUUUUGGACCUAGUACGAAUAUUUCUGACAAGCGUCUCCAUAUCGUCAUCGUCAAUUAUGUCGAAACUAGUAUGAGAUUUUUAGUGUUGUCUACACCCGAUACAAUGACGAUACGAUGUCGAUUGUCGUGCUAGGUCUAUCGACCUUAAAUACAAGAUACGGUAUUCUAUGAUUUCUUUGUAGAAUGA